AUGUUCUCUUCCACUCGCAAAGAGAAGAAGCCGUAUUUCGGGCUAACAGGAGGAUGGCUUACCUUCUGGUUAACGGUCGCUUGUGCUACUGACAUGACCUUAUUUGGUUAUGACCAAGGUGUAUUCAGUGGAGUUGUCGUCACUCAAAACUUCCUCGAGAUCCACGACCUCGUUGGACCGUCGAAGACAAAGGUUCUCUCUACUGUCACUGCGAUCUACGAUGUUGGCUGUUUUAUCGGUGCUCUAGUGGCAUUCACCAUUGGAGAGCGUCUCGGACGCAAAUCAGCUAUUCUCUGUGGAACCACCGUUAUGGCGAUUGGGGCCCUCAUUCAGACAACAUCUUACAGUCUUCCGCAGAUGUUUGUCGGUCGGACGAUCCUUGGUAUCGGCAAUGGAAUUAAUACUGCCACUGCACCAAUUUGGCAAACCGAGACAGCUCAGCCACAAUGGAGAGGAAAAUUGGUCAUUUUGGAAAUGAUGAUGAACAUUGCUGGCUUUACAUUGGUCAACUGGAUUAAUUAUGGCCUUUCGUUCCUGGGAGGAUCAGUUGCAUGGCGAUUCCCUCUUGCAUUUCAAUUCGUUUUCAUCUUUAUCUUGUACGCUACAGUACCAUGGCUGCCAGAAUCUCCAAGAUGGCUGAUGGCCCAUGGCCGCGAAGCAGAAGCACUUGAAGUCAUCUGUUGUCUCGAAGCUAAGCCUGCCGAUGACGCCUACGUUACUACUCUGCACGACGAGAUUGCUUACAGUAUAUCAUAUGAGCGACAAAAUGCUGUGCGAUGGAGAGACAUUUUCCUUCGUCGGAAGCACCCAAAUGACACCAAAACGAUACGACGACUGCUUCUGGGCGCAGGAACUCAGUUCAUGCAGCAGUUCGAGGGCAUCAACAUCAUGUCCUACUACUUGCCCACUGUUCUGAUUAAUUAUGUUGGGCUUUCGAAUGAGAUGGCAAGACUUCUCACAGCAUGCAAUGCUACUUCAUACUUGAUAAUUUCAUGCCUGUUCGUCCCAUUGAUUGAACGAUGGGGCCGAAGAAGUCUGAUGCUUUUCUCGACUUUUGGCCAAUUCUUGGCAUUCUUGAUUAUUACCAUCUUGCUACGGUUCGCGGAGGGGAGUCAUGGAGGAUCUACUGUCGCGACAGCCUCUAUUGCUUUCUUCUUCCUCUACUAUAUCUCAUUCGGUGCGGGCAUGCUUGGUAUUCCCUGGCUCUAUCCGACUGAGAUCAGCUCGCUUCCGAUGCGGACGAAGGGAGCUGCGGUGGCGACAGCGACCAACUGGAUCACCAACUUCGUCAUUGUUGAGAUCACCCCCAUUGGCAUCCAGAGCCUUGGCUGGAAAUUCUGGAUUGUCUGGACCGUGCUCAACGCCGUAUUUAUGCCCGUCAUUUACUUCUUCUACCCUGAGACAGCCAACCGAACGCUCGAGGAUCUUGACGCUUACUAUCGUACCAAUCCUUCAUUGAUUGUCACUCGGGAUCCGGAUGAGAUUUGCAGCAAGCGUCCUUUGAGGUAUAUUCAACAUGAAGAUAAAGAGAUUCAGAGGAAUAAGGACCAGGGUAAAACAGGAGGCCCGGGCGUGGAGCACGUGGAGUAA